AUAAAGCGCAAACAAAUGAGUACAUAAAUAACAUGCUCUUUAACUUGGUCUUAGCUUGCAUCUAUGCCUUCCAACUUUGAUGUAUACAAGUAGGCACUUAAACUUAUACAAAGUUAAAUAAAUAGACACACGUCCAACGUGACAUAUACAUAACAGUCUCACGUGAUUGUCACAUAGGAUGCGUGUCUAAUUAUUGAAAUUUUUAUAAAUUUAAGUGUCUACUUGUGCACGUCCAACGUCGGAAGAAAUAAAUGACAGCUGACGCCAAUCUAAAAGGGCACAUUUUCAUAUGGAGAAACUAUUCAGUAUAGGGAAGCUCAGAGUAUAGUGUAGUAGAAAAUGGAAGAAAUAACGAACAAGACUCAUGUUUUAGUUCUCCCAUUCCCGGUACAAGGCCACAUAAACCCAAUGAUUCAAUUCUCCAAAAGAUUGGUAGCAAGAGGAGUUAAAGUGACCUUACUCACCAUAUACUCUAUUGGCAAGAAUUUGCCAAAGGAGUCUAGUUCAAUCAAUAUUGUGUCCUUUCCAUAUGAUGAGUCUGCACCAGAUAAUACUGAUAAAUCUCUUGAAUGGUUCUCUACUUUGGUGUCCAAAAACUUGGGAGCAAUUGUUGCGAAGUUAUCUGAUACUGAGUAUCCUGUGAAAGUUCUUGUUUUCGAUUCUUUCGCCUCUUGGGCAAUUGACCUUGCACAUCAGCUAGGACUCAAAGGGGCUGCAUUUUUCACACAAUCUUGUUCUCUUAGUGCGAUAUACUAUCAUAUGGAUCCUGAAACAAGUGAAAUUCCUUUAGAUGGAUCUGUUGUAUCAUUGCCUUCACUUCCACUGCUAGAAAAGGAAGAUCUGCCUACUUUCAUCUACGAGACUGAUUCGUAUCCAGCUCUUAGAGCACUUGUUUUCAGUCAGAACAACAAUUUCAAGAAAGCAGAUUGGCUUUUCUUCAACACAUUUGAUGCAUUGGAGAAGGAGGUAGUUGACUGGAUAAAAAGUAAGUGCUCAAUCAAAACCAUUGGACCAACUAUUCCAUCAAUGUAUCUUGAUAAGAGACUUAAAGAAGACAGAGAAUAUGGUUUGAGUCUCUUCAAGCCUAAUGAUGAAAUUUGUAUGAAUUGGCUAAAUUCAAGGGAAAUUGGGUCUGUUGUUUAUGUAUCAUUUGGAAGUUUAGCCAGUCUUGGAGAACAACAAAUGGAGGAACUAGCUACUGGCUUGAUGACGAGCAAUUGCUACUUCUUGUGGGUUGUUAGAGCUACCGAAGAGAACAAACUCCCCGAAGAAUUCAUGUCUAAGGCAAAAGAGAAAGGACUAGUUGUGAAUUGGUGCCCUCAACUCGAUGUGUUGGCUCAUCGAGCUGUUGGAUGUUUCUUUACUCAUUGUGGAUGGAAUUCAACCCUGGAAGCGUUGAGCUUGGGAGUGCCAAUGGUUGCCAUGCCCCAUUGGUCCGAUCAACCUCCUAACGCGAAAUUUAUUAGUGAUGUAUGGCAAACAGGAAUUCGCGUUAAGGCUGGAGAAAAUGGUGUUGUUUCUAGAGAUGAAAUCGCGCGUUCCAUAAGGGAAGUCAUGGAGGAAGACAAAGGUGUAAUGCUCAAAGAGAAUGCAAUUAAAUGGAAAAAAUUGGCUAAGGAAGCAGUAGAUGGAGGAGGAAGUUCUGAUAAGAAUAUUGAAGAAUUUCUAUCAAACUUGUAAUGCAAUUAAAAGCUUGAACUUCUUUUACUUAAAAACACUUAUUUCUGUUUCUUUUGUUCA